CUAAACACUUCACGCCAAUUAACAACAGACUGAAAAGAGCGCAGACAAAAGUUAAUCCACGUAUUUGUAUAAAACAUCGUUUCCCGCUUUCCCCGUUUUGAAUAAGGUGUUGAGGUCGCGGCAUGGAGAUCUCUUUGAAGGACCGCGACAAGGUCGGAGUGCAGGAUGCCGUGCUUCUGGAGGACUUCAACUCGUCAGAAGUCUUCGUAAAUAACUUGCAGAAGAGAUUCAAUGAAAACCUAAUUUACACGAACAUUGGACCGGUGCUGGUCUCGGUGAAUCCCUACAAAGAUGUGGGUAUCUACUCAUCGCAGUAUGCCAAAGAAUUCCAUAAGAAACACUUUUUUGAGACGACACCUCAUAUCUUCGCAUUGACGGAUACAGCUUACAGAUCUUUGAUUGAAGAGAACAGAGAACAAUGUAUCCUUAUUUCUGGUGAAUCUGGAGCUGGAAAAACGGAGGCUUCUAAGAAGGUGCUCCAGUACAUCGCCGAGGUGACAGGGUCCAAGGGUCAAGUGGAGAAGGUGAAGAAUAAGCUUUUCCAAUCGAAUCCCGUGCUCGAGGCAUUCGGAAAUGCCAAAACCUCUCGCAACGACAACUCCAGCAGGUUCGGAAAGUACAUGGACGUCGAGUUCGAUUAUGAAGGAAACCCAGUGGGAGGAAACAUUCUGAAUUAUCUUUUGGAGAAAUCGCGAGUAAUCAACCAGUUCAAUGGUGAGAGGAACUUCCACAUCUUUUACCAACUUCUUGCAGGCGCCAGCGAUACCAUGCUCAACGAUCUGCUGCUUAAGCGGAACUUAGAGUCAUACUAUUACCUUAGUCAUAGUCAAAAGGGAACAUGCAACAAAGAAAAAAGCGCGUUCGAGGAGCUCAACAAAGCCCUGACCAUCAUCGAGUUCACAGCCGAGGAGCAAAUUGACAUUUUUAAGAUUAUCGCCAGCAUUUUGCAUUUAGGUAACAUCGGCUUCGUCGAAGAGGAGGGAAUUGCUUCCGUCAACAAUAACGAGUCAAUCGAUGCCGUCUGCAAACUUUUGAAUUGUGAUAAAGAAGAACUAAAGAACGCUUUGACCCACAAAACCAUCGACGCGAAAGGAGAUGUAGUGACCAGUCCCUUGGAUCGUGAGACCGCCAUUUAUGCCAGAGACGCUUUGGCUAAAGCCAUCUACGACAAACUCUUCACUUGGUUAGUCCAGAAGAUCAACAGUUCUCUACAGGCCAAUACCCAAAGAAAGAACUCCGUUAUCGGAAUACUGGAUAUUUACGGUUUCGAAAUAUUCCAAAAAAACAAUUUCGAACAGCUUUGCAUCAAUUUCUGCAAUGAAAAAUUGCAGCAGCUUUUCAUUGAUUUGACACUAAAGCAAGAGCAACAGGAAUAUCUCAAGGAGGGUAUCGAGUGGCACAAUAUCGAUUAUUUUGAUAAUAAGAUCAUUUGCGAUUUGUUCGAGAUGAAGUUCAAAGGCAUUAUCUCCAUCAUGGACGAAGAAUGCCUGGUGCCUGGAAACACAAACGAUUUGACCUUGCUGAAGAAACUAAACAAGAACCUGCAAGGACACAAGCACUUCAAGGGCUUCAACAAAAUGCUCAAAAAGCAGAUGAAAUUUGAAAACAAUGAAUUCCAAGUGAUUCAUUACGCCGGACCAGUGGUCUAUAGCGUGAAAACUUUCAUCGAGAAAAAUAACGACUUGUUAUUUAGAGAUUUGCGCUACGCAAUGUCCAAUUCCCAGCACAGCAUCAUCAAAAACAUUUUCCCGAAAAGCGAGGUGAUGUCCAUGAGGCUACCAGAAACCGCAUUCACCAAGUUCAAGAAAUCCGUCAACGAUUUAAUGAAGAUUUUAAUUGAUAAGGAACCCAACUACAUUCGCUGUAUAAAGCCCAACGACGAUAAACGACCAUCAUUUUUUGAUGUGGACAUCGUGAGUCAUCAAGUAACAUAUUUGGGAUUGAUGGAAAAUUUGCGUGUGCGAAGGGCAGGUUUCGCGUACAGAAGAAGCUACGAGUCGUUCUUGAAGAGGUACAAGUGUUUGUGCAAGCAGACUUGGCCACAUUGGCACGGCAACGCCAAAGACGGAGUUCAACAAUUGAUCUGUUCACUCGGCUUCGAAAAUGAUGAAUACAAGAUGGGCAAAACUAAAAUCUUUAUAAGAUACCCUAAAAGCCUGUUCCAAACCGAGGAUGCAUUCCAAAGGAAGAAGCAUGAUUUAGUGUCCGUCAUCAAAGCUACAUGGAAAGGAUACAAGCAACGGCAAGAGUACAGAAAGCUCAAGUUGGCUUCGAUCGUUGUCCAAAAGUGGUAUAGAAGGUACCAAGCCCAGAAGGCCAUUAAACGUAGGAAGGCUGCCGUGGAAACAGUGCGAAGAUUCAUUAAGGGAUUCAUCACUCGCAACGGGCCCGAAACUGAGAUUAACAAAAAGUUCGUCGCUUUAGCAAAGAAGCAUUGGUUAAUAAGAUUAUCCAAGAAUCUGCCGAACUCUGUCUUAAUCAAGUACUGGCCACCUCAUCCAGUUAGUUGCAAUGAAGCGUCCAAGCUGAUACAACAUUAUCACAUGCUGCACUUGAGUAGAAUUUACAGAAAGAAUUUAACUGCUGAAAGGAAACAGCAAUUUGAGCUCAAAGUUCUCGCAGAGAAAUUGUUCAGCGUAAACGGUCACAAGAAAAGCUACAAAAACAGUAUUCCGCAAUGGUUCAAAAAUGAACGCAUUCCUAGCGAACAGGAAGAAGCAUACAAAUUGUUUAGCAAGUCUUUGAACGGCGAGAGAAUCAUGUAUUCGACUUCGGCAGUGAAAUACGACAGGCACGGAUACAAAGCAAGAGACAGAAUUUUGAUUGCUACCACGAAACACGUUUACAUUAUCGAGACCAAGGGAAACUCUUAUACGCAAAAGCACGGAUUACCACUGAACGUAGUCAACCUACUGGUUACGGCCCAAAAAGAUAAAGUGCUUCUAGUCCAAAUUCCAGAAGAAAUGAUCAAAAAGGAUAAGGGAGAUUUAAUCCUGGAGAUUCCUCAGCUGAUCGAAUGCGUAACUAAAAUCGUAAGCUUUACCAAAAAUGAAAACAUGCUCAGCGUAGUAGAUGAGAAAGUGAUUGAGCACAACAUGAAAGGAAAGCCCGGAAUUAUCGAGGUUACUGUUGGUAAUCCAGAAACCAUACAGAAAGACAAGCCCACGGGUCAUUUACUCAUCAGAGCAACACCGUAAUUCCAAACUGAAGCAAUGAGAUUCACGGUUCCGCAGUGCCUUCACAAACUCAGUGCCAUUAAUUAUAGAUAAUUAAACCUACCUGAUCCUACUUCCCCCACACAAUUGAAAGUUUUUACAAUGUAUAAAUUUACAUUUAUUUAUCAUAUAUUUUGUUACAAACAGUUCAUACAUAUAAUCUAAGCAAUAAUUAAUUCAGUCAAUGUGCAACACAUUUUAUAUAAAAUUGAUGCAGUUUAGCAACAAUUAUUUAAAGAA